AUGCCGACUCCCGAUGUCUGCCAUGGGGACAGCGCUGACUCGUGGUACCACCCAACUAAGAUCUGGACCACCCUGCUGACGAACCGGGCCUACUUCGGCGGCCUGCUAGUCCUGAACCACUCCCUGCGCCACCACCAGAGCCGGUACCGCCUCGUCGUUAUGGUGACCCGCGCCGUCGAGGAGGACGAGGAGUAUAUGGAGGCAUUCGCCGCCGCCGACAUCCCCACCAUCGUUGUCGACAAGAUCGAGCCCGCGCCCCGCGACGGCAAGAUCAAUAAGGGUACCUGGGAGAAGCUAGCCCCCUGGAGUUUUACCCAGUAUGAGCGUGUCGUCCUCCUCGACAGCGACCAAGUCAUCCUCCAGAACAUCGACGAAAUGAUGGAUGUAGAAAUCCCCGAGGGCUGGAUCGCGAGCACCCACGCCUGUACGUGUAACCCGCGCAAGCUGGCACACUAUAGCAAGGAGUGGGUGCCGGAGAACUGCGCCUUUACGGCUGCGGACCAGGCGACGGGCACUCCGGCGCCCAUCACCGAGGACUCACACGACAACCACCACUUGCUGAACAGCGGGACCGUGAUCCUGCGGCCGUCCGAGACUGAGUAUGGGGCCCUGAUCGACGCCAUGAACACACACCCGGACGUGCCGCGCAUGCUCUUCUUCGACCAGGACCUGCUUGCCAUCGUGUACCGGGGCCGGUGGAAGCCUCUGCCGUACACGUACAACGCGUUGAAGCCGAUGCGCCACUGCCACGCGGAGCUCUGGCGCGACGACAAUGUCAAGAUCCUGCACUAUAUCCUCAAUAAGCCGUGGAAGAGCCGCACCUAUGACCGCGCCGAUCCCAUCGAAUCCACUCAUUCCAUCUGGUGGGAUGUCUACGCCGACGUCGAGCGCAACUGGGCCCAGAGUCCCGACCAACGCACCCGCGAGCUCUGGCAGAACGUCGUUGUUCCCGUCGUCGCGCAGGCGUGA